AUGGCGAAGGAGGAAAUUCUCGAGCAGCUGGUGCAGAAGGUCGUAACUACGGCCGAGGAAACCCAAGAGGUGGACAUUACGGAGAUGGAGCUUGACUCCAUGCAGCAGCUGCUGGACGCCGGCGAGGACGAUCUGAUAGACGUGGCCAUGACGGAGGAUGUGACCACCACUGUGGUGAUCCCACCUCCUCCUGAGAUACCCACUCCGGAGGAAACGAGGGGGACGGAAGAGUCCCCUCGAGAGAUAGCUUCCGAGAGGGAGGAAGGAAAGAUGGCGGAGGAGCUCGUUUCCCCCGAAGAAGCGAACGCCACUCUGGCGAAGAUUUUGGCUGAGGCCCUCAUGUCGGAGAACAAGGGAGCUAAGGGGAAAGAGAAGAAGAGGGGAAAGGGACUCCAACGUCCGAUUAACCCCGACUCCUUGGAAAAGGAGAGAGAGAUGCGCCUGAUAUUGCUGCAGCACGGUGGCGAGGGGCAAGCGGGAGUCUCCUCGGGAACAAGGAUCCUGGAGAGGAAGAUGCCUGGGGACAAUGAGAUUGCCACCAGAUCAUCUCAGCUCGACGGAGAUCCUGAUUGGGCGGAGUACCCCAAGAUGAAGAGACGCCGUCCCACGUUUGUACCAGCAAAGCUUUGCCGGAAUUGUAGAAAACCUGGGCACGGCGGAAAAAACUGCCCUGAACCUCUCACCACCUACUGUUGGAGGUGCGGACGACCGGGGAGGGAGACCAGGGACUGCAUCCCGUGCCAGGAGGAGAAGAAGGCAAGAGAUCCCUGA